GAUGCCCUCGGUGAUGGAGAAGCCCGGCGCGGGCUCCGGGAUCCUGUCCCGCAGCCGGGCCAAGACGGCGCCCAACGGCGGGCAGCCGCACUCGGAGGAUGACAGCAGCGAGGAGGAGCACUCGCACGACAGCAUGAUCCGCGUUGGAACCAAUUACCAGGCCGUAAUCCCGGAGUGCAAGCCCGAGAGCCCAGCGCGAUACAGCAACAAGGAGCUGAAAGGGAUGCUGGUGUGGUCCCCUAACCACUGCGUGUCCGAUGCCAAGCUGGACAAGUACAUUGCCAUGGCCAAGGAGAAACACGGCUAUAACAUCGAGCAGGCUCUGGGCAUGCUGCUGUGGCACAAACAUGAUGUGGAAAAGUCGCUGGCCGACCUGGCCAACUUCACCCCCUUCCCUGACGAGUGGACGGUGGAGGACAAGGUGCUAUUUGAACAGGCCUUCGGCUUCCAUGGCAAGUGCUUCCAGCGCAUCCAGCAGAUGUUGCCCGACAAGCUGAUCCCCAGCCUGGUGAAGUAUUAUUACUCCUGGAAGAAGACCCGCAGCCGCACCAGCGUGAUGGACCGGCAGGCGCGGCGGCUGGGGGGCCGCAAGGACAAGGAGGACAGCGAUGAACUUGAAGAGGGUCGGGGCACCGUCAGUGAGGGCGAGCCGGACGCCGGGGACCCCAAGAGAGAGCCGCUGCCUUCAAGGCCCCUGAAUGCCCGCCCAGGCCCCGGGAAGAAGGAGGCGCAGGGCUCCCAAUACCGCCAUCACCCGCUUCGGACUCGGCGGCGCCCCCCGAAGGGCAUGUACCUGAGCCCCGAGGGCCUCACAGCAGUGUCCGGAAGUCCCGACCUGGCCAACCUCACUCUCCGUGGCCUCGAUUCUCAGCUCAUUUCCCUCAAACGCCAGGUGCAGAGCAUGAAGCAGACCAACAGCAGCCUGCGACAGGCCCUGGAAGGCGGCAUCGAUCCGCUACGGCCCCCCGAGGCCAACACCAAGUUCAACUCCCGCUGGACCACAGACGAGCAGCUUUUGGCUGUACAAGCCAUCCGGAGGUACGGCAGAGACUUCGGCGCUAUCGCCGAGGUGAUCGGGAACAAGACGCUGACCCAGGUGAAGACUUUCUUCGUGAGCUACCGGCGCCGCUUCAACCUGGAGGAGGUGCUUCAGGAGUGGGAGGCCGAGCAGGAUGGUGCCCCCGCAGCCCCGGGGCCCCCUGAAGAGGCCAGGAGAGCAGCACCGGUGCCUGCCCCUGCCCUGGAGGAGGACGAUGAGGUGCAGAUCACUGCAGUGUCCACGUCGGUGCCCCGCUCUGUGCCCCCUGCGCCGCCACCGCCAGCCUCCCUGUCGCAGCCGCCGCCACUGCUGAGGCCACCGCUGCCAACUGCCCCCACCCUGCUGCGCCAGCCACCACCUCUGCAGCAAGGCCGCUUCCUCCAGCCCCGGCUGGCCCCCAACCAGCCCCCGCCACCCCUCAUCCGCCCAGCUCUGGCCGCCACCCGCCACAGUGCCAGGCCGGGCCCCCAGCCCCCGCCCACCCUCAUGGGUGCACCCCUGGAGCCCCCAGCACCCUCACUCUGAGCCACCGAGGCCCCAGGGCUCCGCGGCCUCGGGCACUUGUGCUUUGCCAGGGACAAGCGGGCAUCUUGCCAGGACUUUUGAAGACCUGGAGCUGCCCAUGGGCACAGCCCGGACCUGCAGCCCAACCACCGCC